UGCGUGGGCCUAGAGUGAUAUCCCGCUCUUCCUACUCUGAUUGCUUGUCACCCUCAGUCGGAUCCAAAUCUUGUGGUUUCAAACUGUCCCGUAUCCUUAUGCGCUGGUUAUUUGCUUCAGGUUGAGACAAGCGGUAUUAUCAUGUCGUCCAGCAGCAACAACCCGCCGCCGCGGCCGAGUCCUCUCCGGACAUCUCGGUCCUUCACCCGCCUCGAUCCGCCUUCCACGCCUACAGACAUGACGCGCCCCAAGAGAGCGAGCACGAUACAGUCCCCAGUCAAAGACAGUUCCGAGAUGCCCGACACGUUCGAGAGUAGGGUCAGCUUGGACAUAGAGCCCCCGAGGUCGUCCAUCGAUCUGGAAGGGCUCCCCAUAGAGUUGGUUGCCCUAACAGACAGCUUCAUCGACGGCCUAGUCGCAAAGGUGCACCCAACACCGCCCAAUAUCGAUUCUCUCUCCCAGCGGUUCCAGGACUUUUAUGCUACAGCUGCGUCCCAUAUUCAGACCCAUAUCGACAGUCUAGCCACUCGACAGAAGCGCGAUGAGUUUGCAACAUCAUCCUCGGGCACGCGCCAGUCCGCGGCCAGUAUACUACGCCAAAAGGCUUCUCAACUUGGCAGUAGCAGCAAGGAAAAGCUAAAGGCGGGACUUACAAGGCGGGAAUCUGAAAUGCUUACCCCGGAUGAAUACGCCGAACGUAGAAAAGCAAGGAAAGCAUUGGAGCAGCAGCGGAUCUUGUUGGAGGAAGCUGUAGAAAGGAGGCUUUGCGAAGGCAUCUACGGAAGGAUUUACCGCCAUCACACCACACAGGACGAAGCGCAGGAUGACAAGCUCCGAUCAAAAACAGCCGCUUUGGCCGUGGUAGGCAUUGGCCCCAGCGAUUUGGGGGUGGACAUUGGAGACAUAGACAAAAGUGACCCGGAGGCCGUCGCCAAGAGAACGGAUGAGGUCAGGGACUGGCUAGAGGGGGCGAGGAAGGAGUUGAUACUGAUGAACCAGUCGCGCUAUCCUCUGGGCAAGCUCAACCAUCUCAAGGCGACCCACAAAGCCAUUAUCGACACUCUCUCACAUUUCCACCCUUCCUCCUCCGCAGACGAGCUCAUGCCCAUGCUCAUCUUCACCCUCAUCACCCUCCCGCCCGAGAACCUCAACGUUAUCAGCGACGUCAACUUCAUCCAACGCUUCCGAUGGGAGCCCAAGCUGGUGGGCGAAUCGUCCUACUGCCUCACCUGUCUCGAAGCCGCCAUCAGUUUCCUCGAAACAGUCGACCUAUCCACCCUCCGCGCCGACGAAGCUCCCACGGGGCCCGCCAAGAAGCCUACCGGCUCCUCGAUACCUCGAGCAGAGACCUUCCCUCCCGCCUACUCAGCCGGCGUCUCGUCCACCCCCAGCCCAUCCUCCGAGUCCAACAACAGCCUCAAGCCUCCCCUCUCCCGCGACGCCGUGCGGCUGCGUGAUCGCCGGCUUAGUGAUCUGGUGACCCAGCCCGCGCAGGCCUUCAACGCCGCCAGCGACGCCGUCUUCACCACGGCCGACCAGAGCCUCAAGACCAUCGGCAUCAGCUUGGGCGACAGCUACAAGUUCCUUGUCGGUAAGAUGCGCGAGCACCAGGAGGCCAUCGUGCCCAAGACGCUCGAGGACGCGCGCAAGCUGAUCGGCACACCGCCGCCGACCCUUGGGAUGGAGGAUGGUGACGGACACUCCAUGGCGAGCGGCGUGAGCGUGAGGAGCGCCGCUAGCUCGGUACACACCCCUGACGAAGCUGGUAGUCUACAUCCGCUGAAGCGGUCCAACACGCCCAGCAGGACGGCAGAGGAUAGGGUGUUGAGCAUCAUUGGCGGGAGGAAGGCGUCGGCGACGAGGGAUCCCAGUGUCGAUAGCGCGAGCACGAACAGGAGCGUUUCGGGAUCGGGGAAAAGGCUGACGGUGGAGGAGAGGGCGGCUGCGGCUGUGGCUGCUGGGUUGAGUGGUGGUGGGUCAGCAUCAAAGGAAGCAAAGGAAGGAAGUACGACUGCGAUUGCGGUUGGGACGACACCGGCCCCGACACCGGCGCCUGCGGCUUCGUCAAACCCGGCGCUUAUUGAUUCCGUGAGGAACCUGGGUAGUUCGUUGAAUCCGAUGGCGAGGUUCUCGCAGGGUAUCAGCGGGUUGAGGAGCUUUGGAAGGACGACACCGGCACCGGCGGCGGCUGUUCCGCCUACGCCUGUGGCUAAGGAUAAGGAGGUGCCGCCGGUGCCGGGGAAGGGGACGCCGGUGGCGGAUGGGGGUGAUUUGGCUACAGCGUUCCCCGACUUAGCACCCGCUUUACCGCCAAAGGAGACUCCCAAGAUCGAACCGCCUAUCAAGCGGUUCAUGGAGAUUCAGAACCCGGCGGAUUUGAGGAUAGGGGAAGUGUUGGAUUUGCUGAGGGAUUAUAGAAGGCUAGCUGGGGCGCUGAAAGAUGCGGGUGCUUUCAAGGAGUAGGAUAGGUAGAUGUGGAUAUAUAUACACAGUGCAUUUCGGAAUACAUACUGGAAGAGGUAUAUUUGGAUGUAAACAGACAUGGUGCAUUAUUCGUUGGGUUAGGUCAGGGGCCAGAAACGGGGACAACUUAUUAUAUAAUGGGAUUUGUUGGAUCAAGGAUAACCGGGCCUCUUUAGAAAUAAUAACUGGUUCGAUGUAAGGGGGCCUUUCCCUACGGUUAUAUGCGUUGUUUAGGUAUUGUACGUGUAAU